AUAUGCAGUCACAGUCACAGUCACACACAGCUCAGUUAAAAACAUUGCUAGCUUGUAUGACUUGCUACGUGUGGAACUAAACAACUCAAUAAUAGAGAAAAGCAGCCAUGUCAGCAUCAAAACAGACCUUUAAACCCGCGAGCCACGUUCUAUUCGACAUGGACGGACUAUUACUAGAUACAGAGAGGCUAUAUACGGUGUCAUUCCAAGAGAUAUGCGAGCGCUUUGGAAAGAAAUAUACUUGGGAAGUGAAAUCCACUGUAAUGGGCAAAGGGGCUUUGGAUGGUGCAACGAUGAUACGUGACACCUUGGAACUACCCAUGACACCGGAGGAACUUCUCAAUGAAAGCAGACAGAUACAGGAGAAGAUAUUUCCCUCAGCUAAAUUGAUGCCAGGAGUGGAGAGACUCAUCCACCACCUUCACAAACAUAACAUUCCCAUAGCAGUUGCAACCAGCUCGGCUGGGUUGACAUUUGAGAUGAAGACAACCCAACACAAAGACUUCUUUGGCCUAUUUAGUCACAUUGUACUUGGAGAUGACCCAGAUGUAAAAAGGACCAAACCUGAGCCAGACUCAUUCUUAGUGUGUGCCAGGAGAUUCAGCACUCCUGCUCCUGCUGAAAAGUGCCUGGUGUUUGAAGAUUCUCCGAACGGGGUGAAGUCGGGGCUGGCUGCUGGGAUGCAGGUGGUGAUGAUUCCAGAUGACAACCUGGACCGUGCCCUCACCCAGGAGGCCACGCUGGUCCUGAGGAGCAUGGAAGACUUCAGACCCGAACUGUUCGGCCUGCCAGCCUACGACUGACUCCCAGCCCUCAAACUUCUCUGUCUCUAGAUCAACACGUGCCAGUGUCACCAUUGAAAUGAAAAACUCGUAUGACAGCAACAAUUGAUUUGCACUGACAGAAAUCUGAUCAAGUCUCUGAUUGUGAAUACUGACUUCAGGUUUUGUCCAAUCCAUGAGACUAACAGUCACAGGAUCUCAAUGUUUUGUCAUGAGUCUUCUGUUCCAUGUGUUCCCCGAGCACCUCAAUACAAAUCAGCUAGCUAGAUACAUCUUAUUCCAAGUGUCCUUGAACAAAUGUCCUACAAACAGCGGUUUAAGCCGUCAGAAUAAUUCCCCCCACACCUCUGUCGUACCUUUGGCCCGUUUCCUUUGAACAAGCCUAUUGAAAUGCCAAAGACGCUUUUUUUUUGCCGCGUGGUGUGUAAUCCAAUAAAGAGAGUGUGAGCAGUCUUCACUCUUUCAUCUCCACUCAUGUUUGCCUCUGCUAGGAUUCACAUGUUCCUUCUUCCUGAGAGCGGCGGAACACAGGGCCGCUGCAGCCCUGGACCCUGCCUCCCUCAGGCUGCUCAAAUAGGAUUUCCCUCCCAUCUACUUCCCUCCCGACUGUGCUUUCCUGGUCUUUCAUCCUCAAGGAGAGGGUAAUCUCUCAGGCAUUUCCUCUCAUUCUCAUCACUCAGUCCUUUUUACAUGUCGUUUACCCUCCCCUGCCCUGAAUAGUGUGCGUCUGUGUCGUUGUUAUUGCACAGGUGUUGCAGUAAGGAAUGUCUCCCUAAUCAUCUUGUUGAGGAGUGAUUAUAAACAUUGAGUGAUGUGUGCUGCCAAAUUGUAGUACAGCAAUAAAUGCAUAAAUGCAGUGUG